AUGGCUCCAACCUGGGGUCCAUGGCUCCCAACCUGGGGUCCAGGGCUCCCAACUGGGUCCAGGCUCCCAACCUGGGGUCCAUGGCUCCCAAACCUGGGGCUCCAUGGCUCCCAACCUGGGGUCCAAAGGGCUCCCAACCUGGGGUCCAGGGCUCCCACCUGGGUCCAUGGCUCCAGCUCCCAACCUGGGGGGGCUCCCAACCUGGGGUCCAUGGCUCCCAACCUGGGGUCCAUGGCUCCCAACCUGGGGUCCAUGGCUCCUAACCUGGGGUCCAGGGCUCCCAACCUGGGGUCCAUGGCUCCCAACCUGGGGUCUCCCAACCUGGGGUCCAUGGCUCCAACCUGGGGUCCAGGCUUCCAACCUGGGGUCCAUGGCUCCCACCUGGGGUCCAGGCUCCCAACCUGGUCCAAGGGCUCCCAACCUGGGGUCCAGGCUCCCAACCUGGGUCCAGGGCCUCCCAACCUGUCCAGGGCUCCACCUGGGGUCCCAACCUGGGGUGGCUCCCAACCUGGCUCCAGGGUCCAACCUGGGGCUCCCAACCUGGGGCUCCCAACCUGGGGUCCAGGGCUCCCAACCUGGGGGCUCCCAUGGCUCCCAACCUGGGGGGGCUCCCUACCUGGGGUCCAUGGCUCCCAACCUGGGGUCCGGUCCAACCUGGGGUGCUCCCAACCUGGGGUCCAUGGCUCCCAACCUGGGGUCCAUGGCUCCCAGUGGGUUUGCGAGUUACUUUCUGGGAGGCCAUGGAACAAUGCGAAAAAUGUGACGUCGAACUGA